CGCACUUCUCUGCUUCAGGUACAACCGAUCCGAAGCUGCCGGAGCCGGAGCAUCCUGAAUCGAAUUUAAAAAUAUGGUACUACAGUCUUUAUAGAAGACGGAUAUCCAAGGGCAAACAAAGAAGAAGAGCGUCCUGAGCGCAAACUUGACACUUAAACUCUCAACUAACCCGUCACUCUCGAAAAUUUGAAACUUAUUCAUAGUUGUACGCAAACUCGUACACAAAAUCUGAAAACUUCCAGAGUUACAUUCGAAAACAAAACCUGAGACGCUUGAGUAUCAUCCUUGUUGAUCCUUGUUCAUACCACCGUGUGCCAUUUCACCUUUGUUAUUCACAGAGUAUGAAGCAACGAUAAGAUGUAUUUUUAAACGCAGCUCAGAAAAAUAAUUGUAUCAAGAACUUUUAAGGGCGAAUGUGACAUUUUUGAGUUUUCUGUAGAAGCUGCUAUGCCGUCUACCGACAAUCAGAAAAUGGAAAGUUCUGGCGAGGGAACAUCGAACAAUCAGGCACCUGUGCGUGGCGAGAGAAAGAGUUCUCGAGGCUCGAGGCAGAAGGCCGUGGAUAACCUGAGCAAAAAGUUCUUGAGGAACUUUGAUCCAGAACAUAGUGAGCGAGAGAAGCGCAAGCUGUAUCGUCGAUUGUACCAAAGUUUCAGAAAGCACCUGUACAACGACGUAGGUAUUUUCAUACAGACAUCGGACGAUCUUUGCGAUUGUUUGGACUUGGACUGUCCUGGAUGCCAUUUUGCAUGUCCUAAGUGUUCCUCUCACAAAUGUGGCCAUGACUGCAGGAAUAAUCGCAAAUGGACGUAUGACAAUAUUCAGUGUGAAGGAACCGAUGCCGUGAUAAAAAAUCCACUACUAAAAGAAGGUGAAAUAAAGUGAAAAACGAAAAAUAUAGGAAUACGUAUUUGUAAGUACAUCUGUAAAAAUACCUCUAAGAAAUAAUGAAGCUCUUAUUAUUACUCUUGUAGAAAUUGUAUUUAUAAAAUAGGUAAAGUCAAUCUGAUAAAUUUUUACAAUGCUGUCUGCAAAAGAGAAAUGUAUUUUGUACAAUUAUUUGUUUUAGAAUGAGUCUUUUGAGUCAAUCACGUUGAGUGUAUCGCAACGUGCAAAUUAUUUUAUGUUAUUUAAUCAAGCAGCUGUCCUACGUGUAGGAUAGAAAACGUUCUUCUUUCGCCAGAUUUAAUUUUCAGAACUGAAAUCUUCAUACAGAGAUGACGAUUUCGGCGUUAAAACUAUCUCAACAGUACUGAAAAAUAUAGUUGAAAUAAAAAAUAAUAGAAACAUUUAUUUGAAGAAUACAUCUAUAUAACUAAUAUUUGGAAUAUUUUGUGUGAUAAUAUAAAAAAGCAAAUGGUAUUAGCAUAUGUACAUAAAUUUAUUUGAAAGAAGAUAUUUAGUUUACUCUUUGAUAUAAAUAAAUUUCUUCUGUUUUCUACAUCGUAUUUACUAUUUCCUAUUUCUUACGAGUACAAAAUAGAAGAUAAAAAACGACACAUAUAAAAAUGGAUAUAUAGAUGUGAAAUACAUAUUUUAUUACAAAUAAAUGUAUAUACGCAUGCAAUUAAA